AACAACCGGCGUCAUAGAUUUAAAUCCCCAACUCGAUUAUCAUCGACGUUUUCAUCAUGUCUUCUGCCGAAGCUAAACGUGCCUCCUUUGCACGUCGUGCCGAAAGUCUUGUGGAGAGGGUGAGAAUAAUGAACACCAUAUAUGAGAAAUAUAUUGUUAAUACGGACAAAAGUGGUGAACUUACCGUUACUGUACAGGGUGAUUUAACACAACAGGAAAAGCGUGCGGUCUUUAUUACGGUCCAUGAUUUAGGAUGCAAUCAUAAUUCCUUCCAGGAAUUCGUCAACAGUCCAUGCAUGACCGAAAUCAAGGAACGUUCCUGUUUCAUACACAUUGAUGUACCCGGACAUGCUGAUAAUGCUGAGGCUCUGCCAGAUAGCUUCAAUUUCCCCUCCUUGCAAAUGUUGGGUGAGGAUCUGGUCACCGUCUUGGACUUCUUGCAUGUGAAAUAUGUAAUGGGCUUGGGUGAGGGUGCUGGGGCUAAUGUUUUGGCACGUUUUGGUUUGGCCCAUCCCACUCGGGUUUUGGGUUUGAUUUUGAUCAAUGCCACCGGCAGUGCAGCAUCGGUAUUGCAGUCGUUUAAGACCAAGUUCAUUCAAUGGAACAAUGAUGAUAUUGCCCAAUCGGCUGAAAGUUUCCUUAUGUAUCAUAAAUUUGGUCAUCAAUUGGUUGGCGAUAAUCCGGACAAGGAGAAAAUCGUUACCGAAUAUCAAAAACGCCUGCGAGGCUCUUUGAAUAGUAAAAAUGUCGGUCUCUAUGUUAAGGCAUUUAUGAAUCGCAAAGAUUUAACAUUGAAAGGAUGCAAGGUAGAUGUCAUACUAAUUACUGGCAUGCUAAGUCCCUAUGCUUCCAUGGUGGAGAAAUUGCAUCGUGACAUUGAAAAGGAAAAGGUGACCAUGUUGAAAAUUGAAAGGGCCGGCGAUGUUUUGGCUGAUGCGCCUGCCAAGGUGGCCCAAUCGAUUUUACUCUUCUGCAAAGGACAAGGUCUAUUGACAUCGGUGGUAAUGCCUGGUGUUGAUCGCGGGCGUGCCUUUUCCACCAGUUCGGGAUCGUUUGAUGGCACCAAUGGUUCGCGACGUCUUUCCAGAGGGAUUUCCAUGGAAGAUUAUGACAAGCCAAAUAUUCGACGUCUUAGCAUUAUUAACAACCAACAUAUUUUUGACAUAUCAAAAUACAACAACCGAUAUAUGGAGACACCACCGCCAACAAAACCACCUAGAAGAGGAGUUAAAUAUGGAAAAGACGAGGCGGGCUGUGGCCUGAUUGUUAAUGUCAUCAAAUCUCUGGGGCUGAGUGAGACCAAUGAGGAACGGCAAAAGGAGAAACAAAAAAUUGAAAAAGAGUUUAAAAAAUCCGAUGGAAGGCUCAAUGAUUUGGUAUCCAAACAUGACCAGCAACUGUCCCAAGUUAUACCCUUGUUUACCAAGGUCUCUACAGAGAUCAAUAGCAGUAAGGAGAAGAUACACACGGUUAAGGAGAAUUUAAAUGCCUGCAAACGUUUGCUGCAAUGUCGUCGAGAGGAACUUAAGAAAAUGUGGACUGAUGCAGUGCAGCAUAAAUAUGUUUUGGCCAUGCUGGAACAAAUAAAUGACUUACGCAAAGUGCCUCAAAGUGUGGUUAGCUAUACCUCCAAACGCCAGUAUUUACAUGCCAGUAAAGAGCUAACCGACGCCCUGUCCUUGAUAAACGGUCCCCUCAAAGAGGUCGAAGGCUUGGCUGAUAUACGCAGCGACUUAAUGGGCCGCCGUCAACAUCUCUAUCAAAGGCUACACGAAGAAUUGGUAGCACAAAUUUAUCACAACUCAGCACAAGAUGUGUUGUCAGCUUUCCAACGUUCCAAUUCGAAUCGUUUAAAUCAAGGAUUUUCACGUAACAUUACCGCACGACGUUCCACAGAUCGUAUAGAGGCAAAUGCCCGUAUCCGCAAAGCCUUACAGGAGAUGGCACAGGGUGUUGAUCCCACCAAAACAGAAAUUAUUGAAGACAUCGAUUUGUUGGAACCCGAACUUAGCAUGACAUAUUUUAUUGCCAUAAUUGUUGAAUGUUUCGGUAUGUUGGGAAAGGUGUCCGAUUCAAUAGAAAAGCUUCGGGUGGGUAUACAAACUGAGCUUUUGGAGGUGGUUCGAAAUACAACACGUCAAUUGAUCGAUUCACCGCUAAUAACAAAUGAAAGUUAUCCCCUGUUGACAUUGUUGGAGGUGAUAUUCAAACAAUUUAAAUCCAUAGCUCGCACCCACACCACGGUGUUGAAAUAUUUUUCGGGUGUCGUACAAAAAUAUCAAAUUGUUGGUCCACAGCAUUAUAGUUUAACGGAUUUUUGGUCACAAGCUCAGUCUGUGUUGCAAUUACUUUUAACCGAUUACUUAGAUAUACAAAAUGCUUCCGGCGAUGAUACCACACAAUCAUCGUUUUCUGAGCCAACAAAUAAUAUUAAUGCAUAUUUCCUAAGGCGUAAAGUUCCAAGUGCAAAAAAGGCAAUUUUCAAAUUCGACAAAUCUUCAACGAAAUCCACGCCGAGUAGUGAUGACAACAAAGGCCAUCGUCGCAAUGCAUCAGAUGCCUCAAUGGAUAAUGCUUUAAAUGCUGCCUUACAUGCCAGCGGUGGUAAGGCUGGGGCCAAUUACAGCUUCAAAUCAAAUCUUCCAUAUGAAAAACAAAGAGAAAAGCUACUAAUAUGUACACCCGAUCAGACAGUCAUCACCAAGGUGUAUUUACCCCUGAUGGGCUAUAUACAAGAAAUUGAGAAUUUCAUGAAAUGUAAACCAGGACAACCCUGCAGUCUACACGAUUUCAUCGAUAACUAUAUAAAGGACACAUUUCUGUCGAAGGGUCAUAAUUCUCAUUUGAAAAUGACCAUUGAAACAUUAUCGAAAAAUCAAGAUGUAUGGCGUACAAUAAUAACCCCUGAAGAGAUGUCAGCCUUGGGUUUAUCACGACCCAUACUACAGUCUACAGCGAGGGUGGAAAAAUGUCUAUCGGAAACUAAACAAUUAAUACAAGAUCUGCCUUGUUAUUCGGAGGAACUUUUGAAAACAGUGUGUUCAGUAUUGAGAGAUUAUCGUGGCAUUUGUAAUGAUGCCUAUUUGGGUAUUGUGCAACCAGAUGCUGAGGAUCGACGUAUCUACAGUGUGACAUGGUUAAAUGAUGAGGAUAUUAGUCGAUUUUUGAAAACCUUACCCAACUGGACCGAUUUGAAGAACUCCCAUCAACGUCCGAAGCAUGGCAAACGUUUACAACGAAAUCAAUAUGAUGCCUCGGAGGAAGAGAGCCCCUUGCAGGUGCAACAACGUAACAUACGUGAAGCUGAAAUGUUAACCAGUAAUUUGGGUGAAGGUGGUAUAUCACAACAAGAAAUUCUCGGGGAUGUUAGUGUCCUCAAAGAAUUGGCCAUACUUCAAGAGAGUAUGGAAUGGUUUUCAAUUCGAAUUUCCGAAUUUGCCAAUGAGCUGAGAAGACCUUUGGUAAAUGGCCUAAAUGUUGUGACACCAGAUUGUGCAUCAUAUGCCACUGUUAAGGAUGGUACAAUUAAUGUUCUAACAAAUUUGGCAUUGGAAUUUGAUGAGCUGGCCAAUACAUGUUUGCUUGUAUUGCAUUUGGAGGUCCGUGUCCAAUGUUUCCAUUAUUUACGUUCUAAGCCACAGCGUACACGAGCUGAUGCCUUUAUCGAUUCCAAAGAUGAUGUCUUGGAACCCGAUAGACAAGUGCAAAUAUUAACCAAACGUUUGUCCGAAUUGGAUGAAGCUUUUAGCACAACUUUACAUCCGAGAAAGACAAGGUACAUCUUUGAAGGCUUGGCCCAUUUGGCGGCAUUAAUAUUAAUACAAGCCUCCAACUAUAUUGAGCAAAUCGAUCAAAUUACCGUAAAGAGAAUUUGCCGCAAUGCCUCGGCCCUGCAGCAAACCUUAAGCAACAUAACUGCUUCCCGUGAAGUUGCUCUCGAUCAAGCUAAACAAUUUUAUGAACUAUUAUGCAUGGAACCUGAUGUUAUACUCACAACCCUUGUAGAACAAGGUUUGCAAUUCUCUGAAAUGCAGUAUUUAAACGCAUUACAAUUGUCGUGUAAAGCCCGAGGCAUUACCGAUUCAAAUACCCUGGCCAAUUAUCAACAAAAAUUAUCGGAUAUUUUGGGAGCAAAACCAUCCACGGGUAUUAUGGUCUAAAA